GUUCAGCUCGCCUCUCAAAAUGGCGGCUGAACCAACACGGGAGUGGAGCGAUGAGCAGCUCAAAAGUGAUGAUUUGCCCAAAAAAGACAUGAUAAAGUUCAUUCAGGACAAUGCAGCCCACUCGUUUCUUAAUGAGCACAAGCUGCUGGGAAACAUCAAAAAUGUUGCCAAGACAGCAAAAAAAGAACAACUGAUCAUCGCCUACAAUGAGCUGUUUGAAAGCAAAAGGUUUAAAGGCACAGAGCCAAUUGAGGAAAUGACUGAGCACGUUAGAGCUGUGAAACUCGACGACAAGCCCAAAGAAGUUAAGGAGAUUGUGGACGAGGGUCCGCCAAAGUUCACCAAGUCAGUGUUGAAGAAAGGUGACAAGACAAACUUCCCAAAGAAGGGUGAAACUGUGAGCUGCUGGUACACUGGUAGCUUAGAAGAUGGAACCGUCUUCGACACCAAUAUCCCCACAACAGCGAGAAAGAAGAAGCAAACUAAACCAAUGAGCUUCAAAGUUGGCUUGGGCAGAGUCAUCAGAGGAUGGGAUGAGGGCGUUUUAACGAUGAGCAAGGGUGAAACAGCGCGACUGGUGAUUGAACCGGAGUGGGCCUACGGACGGAAGGGUGUCCCUGACUCCAAAAUUCCACCCAAUGCAACACUGAUUUUUGAGGUUGAGCUGGUGUCCGUUGAUUAAACUGACAGAUGUUGGCCAGCAUGCACUACUUUUCAAGGAAAGGAGAGAAGAAACAAAAAACUUGGUGGCCUUGCUGUAAAAGUUAAAAUUGCAUUUGGAUGGUGUUGUGCCUGGUUCCAGGUUGUCUCAUUUAUCACGUUACGUAUGACAGGAAGGAUUAAGAAGAAAUGAUUAGCGGUUAUUACAGCGUUUUGGCCAAAGUGAUAUGGUAUGUCAAUAAUGUACAUAUGAGACACCCUUAAACAUUUCUCUGUAUUUUGUUUUGCAUGUAAAAUUUAAUAAAUAAACCUGUUUCAGAGACCUUA